AUGUCGUUGGUAGGACUCAAGAACUUCUUCUUCACGGAGACUGUUACACAGGCCCCCAGAAGUCCGGGAUCUAAAUACAAUGGACCUCUGGACUGGAGCGACCUUUCUCAAGAACCACUACUUCACUCAAAUGACCGAACAACUUCAGAGACCGCGCAACCUACUAAGUCUGACGAAGACACCGACGUCGAAUCACAAGAGAGCCUGGCUUCAAAGACGAAGAAGUCUAAGAGCAAGACAGGUUUUAGAAUUGAUGCCCGCAUGAUCUCUGAUGCGACUAUUGGUCUCUCCGAUGGUCUUACUGUUCCAUUCGCCUUGACUGCUGGUCUCUCAGCCUUGGGAAACACCAAAGUUGUCAUCUAUGGAGGUAUGGCUGAGCUUAUUGCUGGCGCGAUAUCAAUGGGACUUGGAGGGUAUCUUGGUGCUAAGAGCGAGGCUGCAUCAUACCAUGCUCAGCGAGGAGAGACCCAACUGCUAGUUGAGACCAACCCUCAAGCCGCCGUGCAGAGCGUCGCUGCCGUUUUCAAGCCCUACGGUUUACCAAAGAAAACCCUCGAAGACAUCACAUCGCAUCUCGCGGGCUCCCCAAACCUGGUUGACUUCAUUAUGCAAUUCCAGCAUUGUGAAGAACCACCCGCUGCAUCUCGAGCUUUGGUAUCAGCACUGACCAUCGCCAUGGGAUACUUCUUCGGUGGACUGCUCCCUCUCCUACCGUACUUCUGCGUUGGCAGCGACCAGGUUUUCGAAGGACUCUAUAUCUCGCUUGCAGUCAUGGUAGUAGCGCUGUUCGCUUUUGGCUAUGGCAAGACCUGCAUCGUGGUCGGCUGGAGAGAAGGAAAACAUAUCCGCGCUGGCUGCUCUGGUGGCAUACAAAUGGUCUUCGUCGGCGGCAUAGCUGCAGGUUCCGCAAUGGGAUUGGUAAAGCUCUUCAGCUCCGAAGGAGACAAGCCAGCAACUAUGACCUUGUAA